ACAGCUAGAGGACUGUUCAGUUUUAAGUGGCAAGAGACUCCCUCAUCUCCAGAACCACAGAAGCAAUUGGGCUUUCAGGAUGUUUUCAUUCAAGCAAGUUGCUUACUUCAUUUGCUUGUUUACUUCAGUUUCCUGUGGCUGCCUGACUCAUCUAUACCACAAUACUUUCUUCAGAGGUGGGGAUAUCACUGCCUUGUACAGCCCAGAUGCCGAGCACUGUCGGAUGAUGUGCACGUUCCACCCCAGGUGUUUGCUAUUCAGCUUUCUUCCAGCAAGUUCAACUAAAGAGCCAGAGAAAAAGUUUGGCUGCUUCUUGAAAGACAGUGUUACCGGAACGCUACCAAGGAUGCAUAGGACAAGUGCCAUCUCUGGGCAUUCCUUAAAGCAGUGUGGCCACCAAAUAAGUGCUUGCCACCGAGACAUUUAUGAGGGAAUUGACAUGAGAGGAACCAAUUUUAAUCUUUCUAAGGUUAAAAGUGUUGAAGAAUGCCAAAAAUUGUGCACCAAUAAUAUUCGCUGCCAAUUUUUCACGUAUGCCACACAAAAGUUUUAUAAUGCUGGGUAUCGGAACAAUUGCCUAUUAAAGCAGAGUCCAAAUGGAACACCUACCAGUAUCAAGGUACUGGACAAUGUGGUGUCUGGAUUCUCACUGAAGCCCUGUGCACUUUCAGAAAUUGGUUGCCACAUGGACCUUUUCCAGCAACUUGCGUUUUCCGACGUGGAUGUUGCCAGAGUUGUCACUCCGGAUGCCCUUGUGUGCCGGACCAUCUGCACCUAUCGCGCUAACUGCCUCUUCUUCACCUUCCACACCAACGAAUGGGAUGUAGAAUCAGAGAGAAAUGUUUGCUUCCUUAAGACUUCUGAACGUGGGACACCAAGUCCCCUUACUCUUCAGGAAAACGUUAUAUCUGGACAUAGCCUUUUGUCCUGCAGAAAAACUCUGCCAGAACCAUGCCACAAGAAAAUCUACUCUGGAGUUGACUUCAGAGGGGAAGAACUGAACGUGACCAUCACGCAAGGAGUAACUGCUUGCCAAGAGAUGUGUACAGAAACAGUUCGAUGUCAGUUUUUUACUUACUCUUUACUCCCAGAAGACUGUAAGGGAGAGAAGUGUAAAUGUUCUUUGAGGUUAUCUUCAGAUGGUUCCCCCACCAGGAUUACAUAUGGGAUCCAAGGGACCUCUGGUUAUUCUUUGAGAUUGUGUAAAACAGGGGACAGUUCUGUCUGCACAAAAACAAACCCACGCAUUGUGGGAGGAACAAACUCUUCUUUGGGAGAGUGGCCCUGGCAGGUCAGCCUGCAGGUGAAGCUGACCACCCGGAGUCACCUGUGUGGAGGGUCAAUCAUUGGAAACCAGUGGAUCCUGACUGCUGCCCAUUGCUUUGAUGGGAUUCCCUUACCGGAUGUUUGGCGCAUUUACGGUGGUUUUGUGAAACUGUCCAACAUUACAAAAGAAACUCCUUUCUCACGGAUAAAAGAGAUUAUUAUUCACCAGAAAUAUAAAAUCUCAGAAAGUAGUCAUGACAUUGCCUUAAUAAAACUUCAGGCGCCCCUGAAUUAUACAGAAUUCCAAAAACCAAUAUGCCUACCUUCCAAAUACGAUGCAAAUGCAAUUUAUACCAACUGUUGGGUAACUGGAUGGGGCUACAAUAAAGAAAGAGGUGAAAUCCAAAAUAUUCUACAAAAGGCAAAUAUUCCUUUGGUAACAAAUGAUGAAUGCCAGAAAAGAUACAAAGAUUAUGUCAUAACCAAGCAGAUGGUCUGUGCUGGCUACAAAGAAGGGGGCAAAGAUGCUUGUAAGGGAGACUCCGGUGGUCCCUUAGUCUGUAAACACAAUGGAAUGUGGCAGUUGGUGGGCAUCACCAGUUGGGGUGAAGGCUGUGGCCGCAGGGAACAACCUGGAGUCUACACCAAAGUUGCUGAGUAUGUGGACUGGAUUUUAGAGAAGACACAGAACCGCAACAGAGAUGCUUUGAUGAAGUCAUCGGCAUAAGGAGGCUGGAGAAUGAGGGAGAACCCAGGGUUUUAGCUCUAGAUUUACAAUCUGGGUUCUGGUCAAGUUCUAAGCCUUGGAGUCCUCACCUGCAAAACGUGGAGAGGAGUGUCUACCUCACAUCCUUGUUCUAAGGAUGAAAAAAAAAAAAAAAAAAAAAAAACAACAGGCACACAGAUUCUGGGGAAGAUGCCCUGCUGAAGCUCACUUUCAGUAUUCAGUAGCCAAGAGCUCCUAAUGGAGAUCACUGAAGAGCUCUGAGAUUUCAUUGUGAAAUAAAACAGCAGAAGAACACAAUUUAAAAAAAAGAGUUUCCUUCUGGUUUUGAAACAGAACAGAUAAGUGACUCCCGAUUGCAGCCCAGUGCCUGGGAUCAUUCUGAUCUUCCUGCUUCUGCUGAAACUCAACAUAUCUCAGAGGUAUAACUUGUCCAUGCCUCACCUGCCAGCUCAUUAGGACCUAAUGCUGCCUGUGUCUUUGGGGUGAAGAGCUAGGAAACUCAAGUUUUGUUCUGCUCAGUAGGUGAAGGAGAUAUGUGUAACAUUCCCCUUGACAAUAAAAAGAUGGGUUUCUGGAAUCUAAGAGAAGAGGGUACCUUUUCAUUUCAGGCCCCUACCUCUGCGUCCCCAGCACUGCCAUAGGCAUCUUGUGUGGAUAUGCAGAUGAGGACCACAGGUCUGAGUUUUCCUGGUUGCAGAUCCUGCAAUAGACUCACUGUACAGCCCUCCUGGAAACCAAGAAAUCUGCUUUGCAAAGGACAUUAAUCCGGGCAGUGGACAUCAAUGACUAUUAGUUUCCGCAAUAGUAAUUCAAGAAGCAUUGUUAGGAAUACCAUGUUUCAUAAAAUAUAGACUUGUAAAUUCAUGAUCAUCAGUAAUCAUGAGCAGACUUGAAAGGGAUGAUAUAAAUCCUCAUGCAACACAAAUUCCAAACUUGUUUGGCAAGUCCCACAACUGAUUAGAGGUACCUUGAUUCAGUUCAGUUAAGUUGGUUAACAUUUACCCAGAAUUGACCAUUUACACAAUCUUUAAUCUCUAGAAAAAUAGAAAAGUGAAGUUUUCUAAAAGUGAAUUUUUCCUUGCAUACUCAAAGACACAUUGACUGGUAGAAAGGAUUAAAGUUGGAGAGGCCGAAGGAAAGCCAUAAAGUCCAGGUUAUCCACCGACCUUGCAAUAGGAAAAUUAAGGGUUAAGAAUUUAGUCCAGAAGCAAAAUGAUUUUUGUAAAACCUGGCUAGACUGCAUGAAUUGAUUUUUAAAAAGCAUACAAUUUCAACUUUUACUUUUGAAUGCAAUAAAGGUAUUAGUCUUGUUCUGCA